UCUCUCCGUGAUUCACUUUCGACACAGCUCUUGGAAAUCAAACACGUGUGAAGGACAUUUGAAUAUUAGUAAUUAAUUUAUUUAAAUCACCAAAGAGAAUUUAAAACAGCGAAAAUGUCAGAAGUUAGCGCACUGCCUUUCCUGAAGCCCAUCCACAUGAGAGCUCCGAUCUCCCCCGGCCGCCAGCGCCGGCACACGCUCCCUGCCAGCGAGUUCCGCUCGCUCAACACUGAGGACGCCAUCAGUGUAUUCGAAAUAGAGAGAGAGGCUUUUAUAUCUGUGUCUGGGGAAUGUCCUCUUCACCUGGAUGAGGUCCGGCACUUCCUAACCCUCUGUCCUGAGCUUUCUUUGGGCUGGUUUGAACAGGGGAGGCUUGUCGCUUUUAUCAUUGGAUCGCUCUGGGACCAGGACCGUCUAACCACUGAUGCAUUAACCCUUCAUAAGCCUCAUGGAACUACUGUCCACAUCCAUGUGCUGGCAGUCCACCGGACCUUCCGCCAGCAGGGAAAAGGAUCUAUCUUGCUGUGGCGUUACCUGCAGUAUCUGCGCUGUCUACCAUAUGUCCGCCGCGCCGUGCUCAUGUGUGAGGACUUCCUGGUGCCUUUCUACCAGAAGUCUGGCUUUAAGGGGCAAGGUCCUUCUGAAAUCACCGUAGGGCCACUUACCUUCAUCGAGAUGUAUUAUCCUAUAAGGGGACAUGCAUUCAUGCGCCGUAACAGUGGCUGUUAAGGGAUCAUUAGUCAUGUAGCUCUUUGGACCUUCAAAAGAAGCAGUGGGUGUGUUGAAGCAGCUUUUGGUUUUGGUCUAGAUAUCUUGUGGUGUAGUGCUGUUUGCAUCUACUUUUGUAAGCCUUGGUGAGCAUAGCAAAAAAAAAUGUUAGAUGUUAAAAAUAUUUGGACAGAGCAAACUGUAUCCCACUCUCUUAUCUAAAAGUGAUGGCUAAAAAUAUAUUUUUUGUUAUAUAUAUAUAUAUAUAUAUUCAUCAUGUCAAAAAAGUUUUUUUUGCCUCAAAGUCAGGUUAUCUAAUAGACUAGGUUUAUAUUUAUUGUUUUUUAUUUUGUAUUAUAUUUGGCAUGUAUUUCUCUAGAUUACUUUUUUUUUUUAUUACUCAUACACAUUUUUAAAUUCAUGACAGAUCUCCUGUUGUGUUGUGAGUUUGGGGGUCAAGGCUGUAAAGAUAAGGUAGUGGUUCAACAGUUAACUGUUCUACUUUGGGCUAGUUUUUGUGUUCAGUGGCUGCUUUAGAUGUGUGUCUGUUCUAUGGAAGCAUUAAAAUAGCAUCAACUGAACACUUUUCCACUGUGAUCUCUCAUGAAAACAGCCCCAAGAGAACAUACAUUGUUGUCUGUUAUGUCUGUGAGUGCCAAUGUGACAAAUGUUUAAUAUACAAUCCCA